CCGGCUGAGACGCGCCGAGCCGAGCCGAGCCGAGAACCACCAUGCCGAACUGGGGAGGUGGCAACAAAUGCGGAGCCUGUGGCCGCACCGUCUACCAUGCUGAGGAGGUGCAGUGCGACGGGAGGAGCUUCCACCGCUGCUGCUUCCUCUGCAUGGUCUGCCGGAAAAACUUGGACAGCACAACUGUAGCAAUUCAUGAUGCUGAGGUUUACUGCAAAUCUUGCUAUGGGAAAAAGUAUGGCCCAAAAGGUUAUGGAUAUGGCCAAGGGGCAGGCACACUGAACAUGGACAGGGGAGAGAGACUAGGCAUCAAGCCUGAGAGCACGCCUUCUCCUCACCGGCCCACCACAAAUCCAAACCCUUCCAAGUUCGCUCAGAAGUUUGGAGGGACAGAGAAAUGCUCCAGGUGUGGUGAUUCUGUUUAUGCAGCAGAGAAAGUAAUAGGAGCUGGCAAGCCAUGGCACAAGAACUGCUUCCGAUGUGCCAAGUGUGGAAAAAGCCUAGAAUCUACAACCCUAACCGAAAAAGAGGGAGAAAUCUAUUGUAAAGGUUGUUACGCAAAGAACUUUGGCCCCAAGGGAUUUGGGUAUGGCCAGGGAGCAGGUGCCCUUGUUCAUGCCCAGUGAGGGGGCUAAAACGCCUUCCAGUUCUGCUGAGAUCCUGCCAGAAGGAGCAAGAGUUUUCCAAAUGUUACUAACUACUGUGAAACAGAUACUAGUUACUGUAGUGUACCUUCAGCCAAUGAUUUUAAAAACACACACAAUGCUUUUUUUCUUGCCUUGUAUAUCACACUGUAACACUUUUAAUACUGAGUAUCAAUGUAAUAAAGCUUUGCUUGUUGAUAUACCCUAAA